AUGUCCUCCCGAAUCCCCUCCUACCGCAAAGAUGACCGCACACGCCCAUCACGCUCUCGCUCACCACGCCGCCACCCCCAGCCUUCACAUUCGCACCGGGAGCGGUCCCCGCCUCGACAACAUGGCCACCACAAGCGCAAACGCAGUCCCGACCCCACCAGCACCACCGCGCCGAAAGAUCUCCCAUUUAACGGCAGACAGCUGGGAAAGAGGGAUUAUGAGGCGUUCAAACCGAUGUUUGCGCUGUAUAUGGAUAUUCAGAAGGGGAAGGUUUUAGAGGAGAUGGAUGAGACGGAGAUUAAGGGACGGUGGAAGAGUUUCUUGGGGAAGUGGAAUCGUGGAGAGCUGGCUGAGGGGUGGUAUGACCCUUCUACGUUGCAGAAAGCGGUGCAGUCUUCUGCGGACCCGGACUCAAGACCAAGAGAUGAGGAUCGAACUAGAGCUACGGCUACGAAGAGAGGAGAGGAGAAGGCUCCUGCGAGAGAGGAGCUGCUGGAGAGUGAGAGUGACGAGGAGAUUGGUCCCACGUUGCCGGGACAGGAGGGCAGGUCGAGAGGUGGUAGGAUGGGACCGAGUAUACCAAGGAUGGAGGAUUUAGAACUUAAGAAGGAGAUGGAAGAUGAGGAUGGACUGGCACGUCGAGACGACAUACGAUCUGCCCGGAAGCUCGACCGCAAGGAACAAAAGGAAAAACUGGACGAAUUAGUUCCCCGCGCUGAAGCUGGCACACGGGAGCGGCAACUGGAGAAGAAGAAAGAGGUUAAUGAGAAGAUGAAGUCAUUUAGGGAGAAGAGUCCUGGUGCUGUGGAGGUUCCGGACGCAGAGCUGAUGGGUGGUGGGGAUUCGAUAGAGGGGUAUAAGAAGGUGAAGCAGGAGUUUGAGAGGAAGAAGAACGAGAGGGAGUUGAGGAAGGAGGAGAUUUUAAGGGCGAGGAUGGCGGAGAGGGAGGAAAGGCUGCAGGAGUACCGGGCAAAGGAGGAGGGUACUAUGUCAAUGCUGAAGGCGUUGGCCAAGCAGAGAUUUGGAUGA